GUCGCGUUGCUUUCAUCAAAGACGAUCGCUUUUGGCCUUCUACGUUAAUUUUGCAACCUGGAAAUAUAUCUUGGGUAGUAAAUUAAACAGCCAUGUGUGUGCUAUGUGGCAUCCCGUCUCACGCUAACUGGGCAUUGGGUAAAGAGCUAUCGAGCCGGGCCAUGAACUUCAGUUUGCCGUUUCCGGAAGACUGCAGCGUUCCCGACGGCGCCGAAGAUAUUGUCGACGGGACAUGUAUGUCGUGGGAGGACAUUAGCCGGCUGUCGCUCAUCAUCCUAGUGCUGAUGGUGCUGGUGGGACUGCGCGUCUACCAACUGCGGAUGGAGCUCCGCCCGCAGCAUCCGACCAACGCCGACGUGGAUUGGCUGCGCGUAACGAACAAACCAGCAGUCUCCGGCAACGCCACGCCCUUCAAAGCCCUUGGACACCCGGGCAAGUGAAGGCCGAAAGGGACUCGCUGGCUGAUUAAACGACUGCACCAGUCUGCUGCCAGCAUUGCGUGCCUACUGCCUACGAUACACCGGCCGGCAUUCCAGGCCUGGAUGCGCUCAGCAUAUUGUGCCGGCUCUUCAUACUCUUGCUUGUACGGCCCAUGUUGCCGCAGACAGUGAAGUAUUAUAAUAAAUUUUUUUCCAUUC